GCCGGCCUAUAUCCUUGGUCGACUGCAGAGAGUAUUAUGCAUUUUUCUAGGAGAUCCUCGCUACUCUUGCCCCAUACAUUACACGAGUUAUCCAUAAAAUUUGAUAAUGGGGAGUUAUUAAGAUACUCAUGUUGUGGUUCUUCCAUAUUUAGUGGAUGUGUGCGAGAUCCUGAAGGCAAAUACAGUAUUAUAUUGGCAUGCCCUCAACUGAUAAACACUGUACUACUACACAACAUCACUGAAGUUCACGCAGACGCAACUUUUAAAGUAGUCCCAUCAAAUAUGGGUAGCCAGCUUCUAAGCAUUCAUUGCAUGAUCAAUAAUUCUUCUAUACCAAUUGCUUAUGCAUUGAUGGAAUCAAAAUCUAGGAAUUCCUACCAAUGUGUUCUAGACUUUAUGAAGGAAAAUCUACUUCCUAACCUUAACCCAGACGUUAUAAUAACAGAUUUUGAACCAGCCCUAAGAGAUUCACUUCUAUCUUCUUUAGGUGUAAGAGGAACAAGAGUUAUGGGAUGUUGGUUUCAUCACAACCAGGCUGUAUGGAAGAAAAUGAAAUCCUACAAUUAUUUGGCAACUGUUAAUACAAAUCAGUAUGCAUUAAAAUCUUUGAGGAUGCUCAUGUGUUUGCCUCUAUUGCCGGGAGCAGAAAUAGAGCAAGGGCUUUUGCUCAUUAAAGCAUAUGCUACCAAUCAUAAUGUUCCAAUGCCAAACCUUUUCAACUAUUACCAAAGUUAUUGGAUAAGACGUGUUGGUGUAAACGUUUUAUCAGUUAAUGGCGUCCCAAGAAGGACAAAUAUUGAAAGCUUCCACAAUACUUUAAGGUACCAAUUUUCCGUCACUCAUCCAAAUUUAUGGGUUUUCCUAGGUCAAAUAUGUGCACUGAGUGUAAAGUACCAUACAAUGGUUACUCAGCUAGAAAAUGGCCUACAACCUACGAGAAAUUUAAAAACAAAAUACCUAUUAAAUUCCAAGCGGAUCAAACGGGCAACUGAACACCAUGAAGCUGGUAUACUGAGUGUUUGGCAAUUUUUGGUAACAUGCUCUCAUUGUAGUGCAACUUAUGAACGUAGGCAAAGGAAUUGGGCACUGGGUAUUCAAAAUGGUGAAGAGUCGGAUGAUAAUCAAGUAGCUGAAAAUGACAUUGAUGAAAUUCCUCCGGUAAACAUUGUAGCAGAACAAAAUGAAGAACCUGAACCAAAUCACCCAAUUAGGCCAAGUGUCUGCAUGGCAUGUAACAUAGUUACAACUGGAGAAGAUGUGGCUCAAUAUAUUGUUUUGCCAUGUGGACAUGCGUGGUUGUGUACCACAUGUGUUGGGGUCUUAGAGAACCAAUAUCCUGUAAGAUGUCCUUUAUGCCGCGGGGAUGUUGAUGUUUUUCAAUGA